CAUAAACAUGCCGGCUGGAAAGAACAAAAACAAUCACUUUAAUUCGAGUAACUAUCUGGUACUGCAUCCAGUUAUCGUCGGGGAUUAAUUGUGAAAAGUUAUCGUUUUACUUGAGCUCCUAUCUUGGAUUGAAAGAUUUUACCUAAAAAUUAACGAUUAACUGUACAAAAAUGAAGCAAAUUAGUGCGUGGAUAGUGUGUCUGCUCCUGCUCAUCCAUGAAGGAGCUCCAAAUCCUCGACCAAUAAAUUUGGGUUCAGUUGGAAAUGUCUUCACAUCGUCGAGAGACAUUGGUGUCGGCAUUGUUAGUAAUGCAGGAAAGUUUCUCCCAACACCAAAAGGACUCUUCGAAUCUGGGAAAAAUGUCAUUGCCGGUUAUCCAUUUGAAUUCGUAUCAACAUCGAUAAAUGCCAUUUGCUCCGCAGCAGUAUCUACAAAUGCAGUUAUUCCCAAAAUAACACCCGACAUUCAUAAAAUGCAAUUUCAACUCCGGACGCCAUGCAAAAAGUACAGUUUCCCCCUGAUGCAUGCCAACGAGAUGUGGAAAAGCCCAGAAUUCGAUUAUAGAAAGAAAACAGUAAUCUUAGCCACUGGCUGGACGACAACUGUCAACGAAACGGACACGAUUUCCCAGAUGGCUCAAGCAUACCAUUGCCGGGGCGAUGUUAACUUUAUCGCGGUUGACGUUGCUUCCUACGUGGACACUUUAUACACAUGGUCGGCUCUCAAUACGGAGCAAAUCGGUGAAAACAUUGGAAAGGGUUUGAUGCAAUUGAGUGAAAUAACACCGUUGGAAAACAUUCAUUUGAUUGGACACAGUUUGGGAGCACACAUUGUCGGAGCGGCCGGACGUACAUUCAAUUACUUGACCGGUAAGCAAAUACCCCGCAUCACAGGACUAGAUCCGGCCAAGCCAUGCUUCAACGAGGGCGAGAAUUUAUCUGGACUGUUGCGGGGCGAUGCCCAAUUCAUAGACGUCAUUCAUAGUAAUCCAGGUGUAUUGGGCAAACGGGAUCCCAUGGGGGAUGUGGAUUUCUAUCCAGGUGGAUUGGAUCCGUUGCCAACAGGAUGUCUGUCUGUUGUUUGUGCUCAUGAGCGUGCAUGGUUGUACUACACAGAAUCUGUUUAUCCUGGCAAUGAGAAUAAUUUCAUGGCUGUACGUUGUAGCUCAUUAACAAGAUUAAAAAACAAUAAAUGUCCAGGAAGAUCAAUCCCGAUGGGAUAUGCCUCACCAAACCAUCUAAAGGGGAAUUACUUCCUCGAUGUUAAUGGUGAGGCUCCAUUUGGUAUGGACGGAAAUAAGGAUAGAGAUGAACGAAAUAAGAACUGUGGACUGUGCCCGAAUUCAUCGGGAGAGCUUGUUUAAUUUGUUGUUUAUUUUGUAAUUAUUUUAUUUAUACAUGAUGUACGAUAUUAAACGCAUGCAUUAUAAUAUUUUGCAUAAGUUAACACUUGACGAAUAAUAAUAAAAUAAUUUAUAAUCAAUUUAA